AUGAGAAAGAUGAUAAAGAAGCGUGACAUAGUACGGUCUGGUGUGACACGCUUUGCUAUUAAUUACCUUUGUUUGCAAAGCUUGGUGGAGAAAAAAGAGCAACUAAGACUUAUGUUUGCUUCCGAAGAAUGGGCUCAGAAUUCACAUUCUAAGAGUGCGAAGGGAAAAGUGGCAUAUGCAACAGUUGUUAGCAUAUCCUUUGGAAUACUUUGGUUUGUUGAUAGUGACAGACCAUCUAUGUCAUGGUUGUAUCGAGAAGUUCAAGCGGCGAUAAGAGAGAUCAAGAAAGACAUAUGUAGUGGACUUGAAAAGAAUUAUAAACCGAUAAUUGACAUAAUGGAGAGUAAAUCCAGAGGAAGACUUGAUUCCUCUUUGCACUUGGUGGGUUACUUGCUUAAUCCAUACUACUUUGCAAAGAAUAAGGUGGAAAUAGGAGAUGAUGCAACUAUAAUGGAAGCAUAUCUCGAUUGUGUGGACAAGUUCUUCCUCGAUGAUCGGACCACUCAAGGGAUAGUGUCUGAUGAUGAAUUGAUCAAUUAUAAGAAAUUGGAGGGAAUAUUUGGAAGAAAACAAGCCAUUUAUGCUUAUGAAAGUAAAGGUGUCAAUGAGUUCAAUCCCGCUGGGUGGUGGAGUAACUAUGGUGGUAGUGCACCAAACUUGAAGAAGAUGGCAACUAGAAUUCUCUCAUUGACCACAAUUUCAUCAGGUUAUGAGAGGAAUUGGAGUACAUUCGACGGGGUGCACACUAAAAAGAGAAAUAGAAUUGACUCGGAAAGAUUGAACAACUUGGUGUAUGUUCAAUUCAAUGCAAAAUUUCUCUAUAAGAAGCGAAGAGUGAGUAAUGAUAAAUAUGUCUUUCAAGCGGAUAAUUGUACAAAAGCUCAACAUUGGUUGGUUGAUGGUGUUGACGACGAGAGUGAUGUUGAUCCCAUAUCGGAGCAACAUGGGAGGGCCAAGAGGGUGCUCCUUGAGAUUGAGACUCUUGUGUGGAUAUAUGAGAUAGCCAGCAUUGUGAUAAUGAUUGAGGAGUCAUUGGAGGUGAGUUUGGAGGUUCGGAUGGGUGACCAGCUUCUCAUUACACUCUAUUUAUAUCCCUACUGGGCAUUCGGCUCAUUCCCUCUUUUCUAUCAUUUGAGGAGGGUACUCCGGAAUAUUGAGACUCCUGUGUCUGGUAGUAUGGUUGUGGUAGUGGACCCUGAGGGUCUUGACUAG